AUGGGGAUCGAGAAAUACAAGGGACGCGUCGCACUGGUUACUGGCGCCAGCGGGGGCAUCGGUUCUGCCAUAGUGCAGGCGCUGCUGAAGCAUGGACUCACCGUCGUGGGAAUGGCCAGGAGGGUCGAAAAGAUUAAGGAGCUGGCAGUCAAGGACGCCCCAGGGAAGCUGCACGCGAUUGCCGGGGAUUUGAGAGACGAAGCCAGCAUCCUGGCUGCCUUCAAGUGGGUCAAGGACAACCUGGGUGGGGUCGACAUCCUGAUCAAUAACGCUGGUGUAUCGGGUACAUUCCCAUUUACUAGCCUCAUAGAUACCAAGACUGACAACUGGAAGAGUAUCCUGGACGUGAACGUGCUGGGUCUGAGCAUCUGCACCAGGGAGGCCGUUCAGGACAUGCUGGGCAGGGGCGUCGACGACGGCUUCAUCAUCCACAUCUGCAGUACUGCCGGACACACACCACCGAAUAUAGAUGGUAUGGCGAUGUACUUCGCCAGCAAGCACGCCGUCAAAGUACUGCUCGAAGGGCUGAGGAAAGACCUUGUCGCCAAGGGCAGCAAGAUACGAGUUGGGGAAAUUUCUCCAGGGCCAGUACGAUCUCAGACAGUACCAAACUUGGCAGCUGCUCCUCCAGAGUUACUUGAAUUUUUCGCCAAACUGAAUAAUACACCUUUCCUGGAAACGGAAGACAUAGCAGAAGCCGUUGUCUACAUGCUGUCGCAGCACCCUCGGGUACAGGUGCACGAUAUAAUUGUGAUGCCAACUGGCCAGCCGUUCUAA